AUAUACAUAAAACCAACCGUUUUAGAUCGUGUAUGAGCUGUUGCUUGUACCUCAAGAACUUUAUUCUUUCCAGCAAGUAAGUGUAAUCGAAGAGACAACAUGAGUGAUCCAAGCUCGCCGACGAAGCGGGCACGGCAAGACCCUCUCCCCGACUCUAGCCCGGUGGAUGAAGUCGGCGAAUUGACAUCGCCCAGCAGACAAAUGCUUGCACAACCAAGCCCUUCACACUUGCAAAGACGCCAAACAUUGUCAUAUGAUACGGUAGAUACGGUAGGCCAGUUUGCAUCAAGAGGAGAGGGCUUUAACAUGGUGGGAGAAGGAAAAUGUAUUGCAGUAUUCACAAGUGGAGGUGAUUCACAAGGUAUGAAUGCAGCUGUGAGAUCAGUUGUACGAAUGGGAAUCUAUGUAGGCUUCAAAGUUUAUGCAAUACAUGAGGGUUACCAAGGAAUGUGUGAUGGAGGUGAUCACAUCAAGGAGCUUUCAUGGUCAGAUGUUUCUAACAUCAUCCAGCUGGGUGGUACCGUGAUUGGAAGCGCUCGCUGCAAGGAUUUCCGUGAGAGAGAGGGAAGAAAGAGAGCUGCUAUGAACCUCAUCAAGAAAGGUAUCAAUAAUCUAGUAGUGAUUGGAGGAGAUGGAAGCUUGACUGGUGCUAACAUCUUCAGACAAGAAUGGGGAAAUUUUGUGGCAGAACUUUCAAAAGAAGGCAAGAUUACUACUGAAGAGGCUAAAGCAUGUGAAUACCUCAAUAUUGUAGGAAUGGUUGGUUCUAUUGACAAUGAUUUCUGUGGUACUGACAUGACCAUAGGUACAGACACAGCAUUGCACCGCAUUCUAGAGGCAGUAGAUGCUAUCAGUACUACAGCAUCAAGCCAUCAGCGUUGUUUUGUACUGGAGGUUAUGGGUCGUCACUGUGGUUACCUAGCCUUGGUUGCAGGCUUAGCGUCGGCUGCUGAUUGGAUCUUCAUUCCUGAGAUGCCACCAGAUGCAGGAUGGGAAGAUAAGAUCUGUAACAAACUUACUCAGACUAGAGAGUUCCGUAAACGUCUAAACAUUAUCAUCGUAGCUGAAGGUGCUCUUACCCAAGAUGGAGAUCCGAUCACAGCCAAUAUCAUUAAGGAUUUAAUUGUGAAACGUCUAGGUUUUGAUACCAGAGUAACUGUUCUAGGUCAUGUCCAGCGAGGUGGUAACCCAUCUGCCUUUGAUAGGAUUCUGGGGUGUAGGAUGGGUGCUGAGGCAGUACUAUCUCUCGUAGACACCAAACCUGAUAUGCCAGCUUAUGUUGUAUCUCUGGAUGGCAAUAAGGCUAUACGGGUUCCUCUCAUGGACUGUGUUAGGAAGACCCAAGCAGUUGGUGAAGCACUGAAAGGGAAAGAUUUCAAGAAAGCCUGCUCACUCAGAGGAAGGAGUUUCCUGAGCAACCUUAGUAUAUACCUGACUCUGUCCAGAGUAAAGCCAAAGGAAGAAGUGUGCAGCUUGGAUGGUAGACAUUGCGCUAGUAACUUCAAUAUGGCUGUUAUGAAUGUGGGAGCACCAGCGGCUGGCAUGAAUGCAGCUGUGAGGGCGUUUAUCAGAACGUCUCUCUUUCAUGGAUACAGGGUUUAUCGUAUCAAUGAUGGAUUCGAAGGUCUUAUUGCUGAUCAGGGAGAGGUUCAGUUAUCAGGUUGGAUGGAUGUGAGUGAUUGGGUUCGACAAGGAGGUUCUAUACUAGGAACUAACAGGACAACUCCAAAGAAGAACAUGGCUGUUGUUGCAGAGAAGAUCAAGAAGUUUAAUAUUAAUGCUCUUUUGUUGGUUGGUGGCUUUGAGGCUUACAACAGUGCUAUCCAGUUAUUAGCUGCUAGGAAGGAAUAUCCCGAGCUAUGCAUCCCUGUGGUUGUGAUACCAGCAACGGUCAGUAACAACGUACCAGGGACGGACUUCAGUCUUGGAUGCGAUACUGCCCUCAAUGCCAUCGCUGAUAUUUGCGAUCGUAUCAAGCAAUCUGCCAGUGGCUCAAAGAGGCGUGUCUUCAUCGUAGAGACCAUGGGUGGUUACUGUGGUUACCUAGCAACCAUGAGCGGCUUAGCAGGAGGAGCUGAUGCAGCUUACAUUUAUGAAGAACCUUUCUCUAUAAAGGAUCUGGAGCUUGAUGUAACUCACUUGGCAGCGAAGAUAGCUGAUGGUGUUCAGAGAGGACUCAUUCUCAGGAAUGAGAAUGCAAGCAGUAAUUUCACCACCGAGUUCCUCCAGCGUUUAUAUUCUGAGGAAGGCAAGCAUCUCUUUACUACAAGGAUGAAUGUACUUGGUCACAUGCAACAGGGUGGUAGUCCAACAGUGUUUGAUCGUAAUAUGGGUACAAAGCUUGGUGUUAAAGCAUCAAACUUUCUUCAAGAAAAGAUCAAGGAAUGCUCCAAAGAUGGCAAGGUGUUCACAGAUUGUGAUAGUACAGUAUGUCUAUUAGGCAUCUCACAGCGAGUGGUUGGGUUCACACCAGUUAAAGAAUUGGAGAAAUACACAGAUUUUGAGCAUCGGAUCCCCAAAAAUCAAUGGUGGAUGAAAUUGCGCCCUCUCCUGAGGAUUCUUGCCAAGCAUGUUGAGAUCUAUGUAUCUGAGACAGAGGGUGUGGAAAAACCAGUAGACUAGAAUCAUCUGCUAUGUCAGAUAAGCUCCAACUCACCAUGUUACUUCUUCAAUGUGCUCCAUGCCAAGCCACUGUUGUGCUAUCUUGAUAAUCAACAUAUUCUUGAAAUUUCUUCCUAGGAAUCAUAAUUACAUAGAUAAAGUGGCAUACUCUGUGUGAUUAAUUUCUUCAUCUUUGAAGACCUGCCAAUCCCUUGUAUUUAAAAAUGUAUUAUUAGCUCACCAUUGUAUUUAUACUUGGGGGAAACGAAGAGAAUGCACAUGCAUGUGAAAAUUUGGAUGGGUUGAGUCACUUUAUGGCAAAUGACAUUUUGAGGAAAUAGUAUCGGUGCCCAUACAUCCUAAUGUUUUAAGUUGAUGGAAAAUAAGUAUAAAUACAACAAGUUCAUACUGGCUGGCUGGUCUGCCUAUUUUGCAUAAUUCUGUGAAAGACGAUUUUGGGCCCUUUAACAUGCAAGCUUACAAAGCAUAGAAUUUUUUGCAAUAGUCUAUGGCAAACUUUGUAUGAAUUAUGUUUCAUUGACCAUGGGUUUUUGUGUGUGUGUGUGCUGCCUCCUGCUUUGUAAUGCUAUUUUUCACAUUGUAUGAACUGCCAUUCAUGUACCUGAUGACUAUUUUCAAGAAAGCUUCUUCCUCUUAGACAUAGGUUUGUACCGUAAUUAGUUGUUACAGAAGUUACGAAGAUAAAAAUGUAUAAAUAUUAUAUUUAUAUGAAAAAUCCGCAAGCAUCAUUAUAAGUACCCAGGUUACGCUUUGAACUUUGGUUCAAUUUCAUAUAAGUUUUCAGAUUGGCAUCAUUUUUUUUGUUAGCCUGCUGAUUAGAUGAAUGCUUGGAGAGUUUGUAGCAUACAUUAAUAGUAAGCUAUACUAUAUAUCAUAUACAUGUAGUUGUAUUAUAAUGCACUUUGUUCUCAAUACUGUAUGUAAGUUACAAACUAGAGCAAUUAUGAAAAAGUGAUAGUAAAUAGGAAGUUGAAUUUUGAUAGGGCUUGAUCUGUCUCUGUGCUGUAGCUAACAAACAGUUGUUUGGAUGAGACUUAUGUACAUAUAAAGUACUCUUAAUAUUCAUUUUCAGCCACUAUCAGUAUUGAACUGGUUUUAUGACUUCCAGUGAGACAGUGUAUUUGAAAACUGCUAUCAUGUGAUACAUUAUGCCUAAUAGCAACUUUUUUCACGCAGAGGCAAGUACUAUUCAGUUGUGAAAUACAGAGUAAUUAGCAGAAAAGCACAGUGAUAAGUGCUUGCUUAUAUUUCUGUAGAACGGUAGUACAGAACUAUGCUAUUAAGUAUAUUCAUGUGUAGGCCCUGUAAUGCACAUUAUAUUUCACAUGAAUGAAUGAAUUUAUUGUCCAAUGCAAUGAUAAUUACCAUUUCCAAGUUUACAGCCAGUCAUUUAUGAACACAUAGAAAAGCAAGGAUAAUAGAAACCAGAAAUUACUUCAAUUAGCUGAUAUUACUGAAAAGAAACUACCACCGUCAUAGCAGAAAGAUGUCAGUAUUUUGAUGUUCAUAUGAUCUAAAAUUGCCAUUUUAUCAGGUAGAAUAUGUUAUUAAUAUUACCUGCAUCUUUUUAAGUACUAAGAGCUUUUGAAAUGAUGUACUGAUACUAAGACUUUAAUUUAUGAGGUGCAUUGCUGCAGUGUAAUCAAUCAAUUGUGACUAUUUAUUUCUGACUAAUCUUGAGUUCAUACUGUGACUGAAAUAUCACAUUUAUUUAGAUUCAUUAAAGGGAGAAGCAGUAUAUGAAUUGACAAAUAUUGGAACAGCAUACAGAGUAUUAGUGUUGCUUCUCCAUAUAUCGUAGUAAUAGGUUGACAGAUAUUUUUGUAGUCAUGCGGCCCAUAAACAGCUGUACCAAUAUGAUAUAUUAUAUCCAUUUAUGCAAACAUCUUUUGUCCAUGAAAUACCUAGUGAUUGAAUAUUUGAAAAUUUAUUCUCCCACUCGUUACUUUUACUGAUCUAAAUUCUUUGAGAAUCUGAGAGUGAAGAAAGGUCUUUUCUUGAAUUUCUUUUUUUAUGAAUUACUUUAUUGUAUGCAAUAAAAAUUUAAGAGUACCUCAUUUUUAUACAGGGAUGAUUUUCCUGUUAAGGCAUGAUUGUAUUUCUACACCAAAUUUGUUUUGAUAUGUACCAGUUUUGUGUUUGCCUGCAAUUAUACUUUGCAGCAUGCCUCCUAUAAAUAAAUAGCACAUCAUCUGAUUAGGAGGAAGAGGAGUUCUAAACAUAUUAUAUAAAGUUGAACGAUAAUAGAUUUAAACUUUGAUGUGAUUUUAUAGCUUGUAGAAUGGAGAUACCUUAUUUUUAUGUAAUAGAAGAUGUAAAAGAAAAUCAUAUGAUGGUUAUAAAGGUGUUAUUUAUUAUGUUGUGUUUGUGUGCAUGUGAUGCUUCAUAGGUCUAUUCAGAAUGCAUAAAUUUGUACCAAAUAUGGCAGAUUUAUUAAAAAGGAUUGUUUCGAUAUUUGUUGAAAAUAGUUCUGCAAUGGUGUAGUCUUUAAGAUUUUCAGGUUUAGUCAAAAUCAUGUUCUUUCCCUAAUGAUCAAUGUGAUUUCAAUAUGUUUGUUGACAUUGUGUUUGAUAUCAUCAGACAUCUCAAUGAUGUGUGAAUUAGUAAUUUGUGUUUAAAAUUGUGUAGAGAUGUACAUGUAUCAUAUAUGCCCAUUAUAUGCUAGAAAUAGAUUUGACAAUAUAAUAGAAUUUUAUCUGUUCUGUGAUAGUCCUCUUGAAAUCUAAAAUUCAAUUCUAUAUCUAUUUAUAUUAGUGAAAACUUUACACAUUUGAUAUUAAACCCUCGUACACUUUCCCCACCUAAAACCAGAUCACAAAAAAUAUCUGAAUGGUAUGAUACAUUAUGAUGGUAAAAUAUUUAUCAUCCUGAAGUAAAUCCUCUGCAGUAAAGAACUGUUUCUGUGAUAGAGGAGUCCCUUUAAUUAUGCUAGAUUAGUGUUUGGAAGACUUCAAGCAAAGUGGUUCCUUCUAUUCAGUGAUCACAAUUUCAAUUAAGUUUGCCUGUUCAUGCCCGCUGUCUUCAGAUAUACUAGGAAUUAUUACAACUCUUAAUGGAAGAUGCACAGGUUGCAAGAAAAUGUAAAAUGCAUUUACUGCAUUGUUGUUUGACUUUUCUUUUGGUAUCAUUCAAGUCAGAUUUUCACUUUCACAUACACUUUCAUGUCAUAGCUUCUACUAUAUGUGUGUUCUUGUUUAUCCUUUUCUUUUUCAUAUUUUGUGUCCAGUUUUGUCUUUCUUUGCAUUUUUAAAGGUGUAUAGCAAUAUCAUGUCAGAACCAUGAUGUCAUUUAAUUUUGUAUAUUUAGACAAUAUAUUUUUAGUUCAUCUAAACAAAUGUGCAUUGUAUUAAAUAUUUAUAAUUUCACAUAUUUUAAACAUAAUAAAUUGUGUAAUAUCAGAGCAGUGUUCAGUUUAGUGAAAAACACAAAAAUUAUGUUCCUCUACAAUUACUGACAUUACUCAGUUUGUUUUGGCUCAACUUUUGUGAAACUAUGCUUAAAAGCAGCCAGAGAACUUAAAAUUCCUUUAUGAAAGAUAUUGUAGUAAAGAGUGCCACCUACAUGUAAGACCACAUGUGCACUGAUUCAUUUCCAAUCAGACUAUUUUGUGAUAAUGAAUGAAACUACAGCUCUCACAUCUGAGCAUCUUGCCUGUAUAAGUUUUAUAAUCAUUUUGUUGCUACAACAUAUACUGGAAAUAUUUAAUAUGUUCGAACAUCAAGCUACUUAAACUGCCUACCAUAUUUUUGACUGCACAAAUUUAGAGUACCAUCAUGUUUAUUUGUAGUAAGUACAAUCUUCUGUUGAGAAUGCCUCCCUAAAUAUGAGUUUUUGUAUGUCCCCAAUUCUAGUUUAAUGCAUUAUAUGACUUUGUAUAUUCUGAACCUCAUAUGGCAAUAAGGUGUUUUAGUGGAUGUCAUAAGUGAUUCUACAAACAAAUUCAUUUUGGUCAAGAAUGAUAUAAAUAAAAAUAGCUUUCUGUUUUAUUACUAUUUUCAAGCAUGGAAUGGAUUGAAAAUGAAUAUCUUUGUUCGUACCUUUAAGAAUAUUAUGCAUUAAUAAAUUUUGUAAAAUUAUGUUCAAACAGCUGACAAAAAAAUUGGAAAAAAAAAUCACAUGUUGAUUCCCUACCAUUGGCGCUAAAUAUCCUGAAAUGUCAAAUUUGAAUUAUCACAAAGAAUCAAAUAUCUUUUUUUAAAUUAAUGUUCACUACACUUGUGUAAGAUUUAUUUUAAAUUGAUGUUCACUACUCUUGUGUAAGAUAGGAAUGUUAGAUGAUACUUCAAUAUUGUGCACAUCAUUGAACUUUCACAAAACAUUUAUACGGAGUUUCUGUAAAGGAGAAUUCUUUCCUUCCAUCUGUAUCUUCAUACACCUUUUUUCAUACCUUCCAUUCAUGUUAUGUUUGCAUUGUAUCUCCUGUUGAUCCAGCUUCCCAAUGAUCUUGUUUAUGAUGAAAAAUUACUAUUCCAAUAUUAUCUGGCAUACAUGUAGUAUGUACACAAUGUUUGUACUCAUUAUAUUAUGAUAAAAGUAUGCUUAAUUUAUUCAUUGACCACAUGUUCAUUGUGGAAUUUCAUUUUAGGUAAAUCCCCCCCCCCCCUCCAAAAAAAAUAUAUGUUGAUUUUCAUUUUGUAAUGUUUUGCUAGUAUAUUAUGAAUUGUAAAGGCUAGAUUUAUUAGAACCUUAAUUGUGAUAUAUGGUGUGUAUGUUUAUGCAAUCAACAAUAACCAAAGUCCAUCUUUUCCACAAGUGCUAGAAUUAGUAAUCCCAUUUGAUAACCCUAGAGCUUCAUUCUAAUGAUAAUCUACAUUCUAUUGUGUUACACUUUAUGCCAUUAUUUACCAAGUUUUACAUUUGGAGGUUAUUGUACCAACACAUUUCAAGAGAGAAUACAUUGACCACAUGUAUAGUUGACAUGAAAUGGUAAAAUGUAUUAUAAUCCAAUAAUUUGCCCAGAAAUUUCAGGUGACCAGAAAUUUUUUGCCAACAUGAGAAAUUUUCAAUCACUACUACAGAUGACUAGUUUUAUUGACUGGUUAUGAUUUUGAGAUUAAUUUUAUCAACUAAAAUGACACAAAUUACUAUUUAAUAGACCAUAUAAUAAACAUUUUGCUGAGUCAUUAGAAUGAUUACCCACAUUUGUUACCUCUGAGACAGUAUAAAUACUCUCAGGAAUUGGGCGUGUUAUACUUGUUCCAAACGUACCUUGUGAUUUCUUGAAUAUUGUGUUGUAUUUCAUGUGCCAAAAGUUGAAUUGAAAUAUGUAAAAAUGUAUAGUUAAAGCUUCAUCCUGUAUUGAAUUUUAUGUCAAAUGUAUGCAUGGUCCUGCAUAAGUGAACUUGGUAAAUGGUAGUUAUUUCAGUUUCUUUUUAUAUUUGAACAUGGAUUUCUGCAAUGACCAAGUGUUAGGGAUUGGGAAUAGAGUAUUGCAUCAUUCAGCUUUGAAUAUAUACAAAGCAGUCUUUUGUUUAAGAAAAUAAGCAUAAUUUUGAAAUCUUAGGUCUUAACAAGUGCUGUAUUAUUCUGAAAGAGGUAAUACUAGAUAGUUUAAAUGGUUCCUUACACACACUGUACUUUGUGAGUGCUUCAUUGCUAUCAGUAUAAGGUGAUAUAUUUCAUGUAAUGCUUGUGUAUGUGACAGCAGUCAGAAAACAAUAGGAAAAAGCAUUUGCAGUGUAUAGUUUUCACACUGAUUUUUUUUUCAAAUGGUCAUCAUCAAAGUGACAACAGCACAAGUAAGUUUUCUUAGAGACUGAAUGUGACUUGCAUGGGUUGAUGUCUGCAAACUGAUACACGUUUAUCCUGCCACUAAAAUUGUUGUUGACUUUCAACCUGAAUAAACCAAGCACCAAAGAAAAA